UAUGAUAGAUGAUAUCAAACAGGAACUGAUUCGCCUUAUAUAAUAUAUGCAAUUUGAAGGAUUCUCCCAUUAAAAUAUCAAAUUAGAAAAUAUUUAUUAUUAUUCUUUAAUGAAUCAAAUAACUGUAGUCAACUUUGGAAAAUCAGUGUUCAGAAAUCAACCUAUUACUCCUAGUGACUCUUAUUUUUCAAAAACUACAAAAGAUUAUUCAGAUCUAUAUACUAACUCUUGCAGAAAUACUUAUCCGGAUAAAGACAUUUUUGACUGUGGCUUAGUAUUUUUUUAAUUGUAAUUCUCUUAUUAGAAGUAGGGUAACAUAAAAAAUUUAAGAUUGUAAACAAAUUCACUAUUAAAAUGAUUAUAAAACAAUAAUGAGUUUGAUCACUGAAAUUCAUAAUCAAAAAAUUUCAGCAUUCCUAAUAAAAUUAUUAUUAUAAAAUAAGGCAUUAGACAAGCCUAACUUUUCUGAAAAUUUAUUAUAAGAAAUUGAUCUUCUAAACUUAGAACUACAUAAUUAUAGAAAUAAUUGA